CAUUUGGAACAGCAAAUGGUUCCACAGCAUUUCGGUUUAUCUGAACUAGAAGGAACACAACAAUCAUUCCCACAAGUUAAGUUCGAAUCGCAACAGCGACCACCUACAAGGCAUACUUGUGAUGAUUUGCAUUUAGGAUCACAAAUUGUAGGCGCUCUUUUGAACAAAGAAGAUAGUGAAUUAUCUUUUCUUUUCAAUUUCGAUGUUUCAGCGACAGUGAUAAUCAAAAAUGCGAGAAUAAAAAUCAAAAAGAGCUUUUUCAUGAUGGUUAUUUAUGAUAAUUUUUAUGAUCCGUACUUUACUUUGAUCAAAUAG